GCGGAGGGGCGCGCCUGAGGCGGCUCGGGACCUGGAGGGCGGAGACGGAGGCUUGGGGAGGGCGAGCAGCCUCGCUCCGCCCCCGACGCGCUUCAGAAAGCUCGCUUAUCUUCCAUUUUAUUUGCUGAAAAUGAUGUAAUAACCCCUAAACAGCUGUGUGAGUUGCUGAAGUAUGCAGUUCUGGGUAAAUCCACUCCUGAACCCAGCUGGUGCCAACUUUUACACCAAAACCACCUAAACAACGUGGUGGUUUUUAUUCUGAAGGGCAUGAGUCAGCUACACUUCUACAGGUUCUAUUUGGAAUUCAGAUUUCUUCGAAAGACAUUCAGACAUAAAUUCAGCUUGACUCCUCCGACAUCCCGUUUUCUAUUUGAUAUCAUUGGGCUGCAAAGGAAGAAAUUAGUCAGAGGUUUUCCUAGGACUAUUAAAGGAAGAUCUUUAACUUCUGGCAUUUUAAAGCCCAGCAUCAACCUGCAGAAUGACCCCAUCAUUCAGAAGUAUGGCUGUGAAAAAGUGGGCUUGACGAGAUGUCUUCUGACAAAAAGGGAAAUGGAAACAUUUCACUUUCCACUCCAAGGUUCUCCUAACUGUGAAAACUUUAUCCUUACCAAGUGUAAUGGUUUCAUAACAGAUAACAGUCCACUUUUUGGACUUAAUUGUGAAAUGUGCCUUACAUCCAAGGGGAGAGAACUAACACGCAUCUCAUUGGUUGCUGAAGGAGGCCAUUGUAUUGUGGAUGAACUGGUCAAACCUGACUUCAAGAUUCUGGACUCCUUUACUAGUUUUUCAGGAAUCAUGGAGAAGAUUCUUAACCCAGUGCCAACCAAACUCAAAGAUAUACAGACACUCUUAAGACAGCUGCUUCCUCCUGACGCUGUGUUAGUGGGCCAUUUCCUAGACUCGGAUCUCAGAGUUUUAAAAAUGAUACACCCAUAUCUUAUUGAUACCUCGCUGCUUUAUAUCGGGAAGCAGCACAGAAGAUUUAAGCUAAGAUUCUUAGCCAAAGUUAUUUUGGGGAAGGAUAUACAGUGUCCAGACAAGCUUGGUCAUGAUACCAUAGAAGAUGCUAGAACAACUCUUGAAUUAGUUCGGUAUUUUCUUAAGUAUGGGCCAAAGAAGAUUGCAGAGCUCAAUUUGGAGGCACUAGCUAGUCGUGAAGAACUGAAAGCAGCCAGUCAAGAACCAGAAAAGAAGGGAGGACCUACUAAGCCCCCAAAUAUGAGUGUUUUAGAAUGCCUGGACUCGAUGGGUCAGAAACUCCUUUUUUUGACUCGGGAUAUAGAUGAGCUUUCUUCUUCUAGAAACUGUCUAACUAUUAAGUGUUCUUCAAAUAAAGAGGUGCUUGAGGAAGCCAAAGUGGAAGUCCCUUUGUUUCCCUUCAGCAUUGUGCAGUUCUCUUUUGAGCCCUUUUCACCCAUCUUUGCUGACGAGGUGAAGCAAAGUAUGAAGACCAAAUGGACAGAGAUGUCAACUGUCUAUGCUGGUCCAUUUGUCAAAAAUUGUAACAUUGGGCCUCUGAAGAAGAUGUUUAAGAGCAUGGGUCCAGUCCAGUCAGUAACUCUUGUUCUCGAAACAUUUAGGCCUUACUUCUGUGUACAGUAUGAAGUCUUGGAAGCUGCUCAGCUGGCUAUAGAGACCAUGAAUGGCAUUCUGGUAGAAGGUUCUUACAUCAAGGUGCACAGGCCUGUGACAGAAUUCACUCUUGAGUGUGACACCCUUGUGCAUGAGCUAGAGCAAGAUUGUGAAAACCAAGGUACUAUAUAUGUGACUGGAUUUGGCAAAGCUUUUAAAGAACACCUGUUGGAGCACUCCAGCCUCUUUCCUGGCCUGGAAGCCAUGAUACUGCCUAAAGAUGUUAAAAGCAGACAGCAAAAAAACUACUGUUUCUUGAAGUUCAAAUCCCGUGACAGUGCCCAGGUAGCCCUUGAAAUUCUCAAAGGCAAGGACUGGAAGUUGAAAGGCAGACAUGCCCUAACCCCCAUGCACCUUCAGACAUGGCUCAAGGACAUACAUCCUGAACCAGCAAUGCCUUCAGGACUUCAGCUAGUGCCACCUCUCUUGGAGAAGCAUGUCUUCCAGAUUGCGGAGGAGAACCACCCAAGGAUAGUUGCCUGGCGUUGCAACCGGAAGAUUGAAAAGCUCUAUCACUGCCUGAGCCCGGGCACCCUCUGCCUCAUCUUGAUGCCAGGAACCAACAACACUUUUGGAUUACACCCUGGCCUAGGACUGAUGAAAAUAAAAGAGGAAGAGGAAAGUGACCCCCCGGGCCUGGGAGUGUGAAUCUCCCCACACUUUCCAAGUAUCCCUUCACAUAUAGAGAAUGUGACUAGGCUAUGGCCCCUUCAAGACGAUGGCAAGUCUUUCCAUCUAGCAGACACCUUUGUUAAAAAGUUGGGAUACCAGCCAAAGUGCAAAAUUUCAAUAAAUGCUUAAAA